CGCUUUCUUGGGAUUCUCCAAGUCAACUAUCUUCCUUCGUCUUUAAAUACCUCAAACCAGAGUCAUUGCUUUUCAAACUUCGUUCCAAACUAGUACCCCAAAGUUCAGUACUUGCCCACCUACUGGUUGUUGCAUAAAUUCUUCCCAAAAGAGUACUACUUACGGCUGAUCUGAAGUGAAGUUGGAAACUGAAAAAUGGAGAAUGAGGAAGUCCCAUCAGCCCCUUCAACUCCUGUAACUCCAGGCACUCCAGGAGCUCCACUCUUUGGAGGUGGUCAGAGGGCAGAGAGAAGUCAUGGAAGGAAGUCACUUCUCAGGAACUGCUCAGGUUGCUUCACUGUGGAGGCUUGGUCCAUGGAAGGAGGAUUGCCCAGAUCUCUGUCCAGCUCAUUGCUACACCCGCCAGUUUCACUCGCAAGAAAGGUGGGAGCAGAAUUCAUUGGCACCCUCAUACUAGUAUUUGCUGGAACAGCCACACCCAUAGUGAACCAGAAGACUAAUGGAUCAGAGACGCUACUUGGCCUCGCUGCCUCCUCUGGCCUCGCCGUCAUGAUCGUGAUACUCGCGGUCGGCCACAUCUCUGGAGCCCAUCUCAACCCGGCUCUCACCAUUUCCUUUGCAGCUCUCAAGCACUUCCCUUGGAAACAUGUGCCUGUUUACAUCGGAGCACAGGCAGUGGCCUCGCUGUGUGCAGCGUUUGCGCUGAAAGGGAUAUUCUACCCGGUAAUGGGUGGAGGAGUGACUGUUCCUUCGGCAGGUGUUAGUGAUGGUCAAGCUUUUGCUCUGGAGUUUAUCAUCAGCUUCAACCUCAUGUUGGUCGUCACUGCAGUGGCUACCGACACUAGAGCUGUUGGAGAGUUGGCGGGAAUCGCAGUGGGAGCUACCGUUAUGCUCAACAUCCUUAUCGCCGGGCCAACCACAGGAGCUUCAAUGAAUCCAGCAAGGACAUUGGGACCGGCCAUAGCAGCAGGAAACUACAGAGCCAUCUGGAUUUACCUCACUGCCCCCAUUCUCGGUGCGCUUUGUGGAGCUGGAAUAUACACUGCUGUUAAGUUGCCAGAUGAUGGAGGAAACAACCAGGGAAAGCCUUAAGACUUUUAUGUAGAUUCAGGAGGCGACAGGCAAACAUAACACCAUAUUGCCACAUUUAACAGAAACUCCGAUAAAACAAGUAUGACAUAGAUCAACAAUAUCUAUUAUGCACCGGCAACGUAUAUAGAUGAAGCUAGCUAUAUUGCCUGUUAAGUUACUUUAAUUGAGUUAUUUUUUAUUUUCAGAGUUUUAUUUCUUUUUUACUUACAUAAGGGUAUAAUGGUCAUAUACAAUUUACAUUUAAUAUAAACACAAUGGGUAUAGAGUUUCUGUUACACAGAAAUCUACAGCCCUCUCUUUGUUUC